AUGAGUCCCAAAGUGCGAGAGGGGGAUCUCAGAUUAGAUGUGGUGGGACCUAUUGCUAAUCGUUUUAGGGUGAAGAAGUUAGUAAAUACAGGGUGUUUAGCCUAUCUGACUCAUGUUCAUGAUACGACUGUUGCAUCUCCAUCCCUUAAGUCCAUUCCUAUUAUGAACGAGUUCGCAGAGAAGAUUGAGGCUGUGAGAGGUUGGGCUAGGCCCGCUACUAUUACUGAGAUUCAUAGUUUUGUGGGUUUGGCAAGCUAUUACCAUCGCUUCGUGAAGGGUUUUGCUGCUAUUGCUUCAUCUUUCACCGGAUUGACUCAAAAGAAUGUUCGCCUCCAGUGGUCAGAUGAUUACGAGGAGAGCUUUCAAAAUCUCAAGCUUCUUUUGACUUUAGCCCCGGUCUUAGCAUUACCCGUAAAGGGUAAGGAUUUCACGGUCUAUGGUGAUGCCUCUAGUGUGGGUUUGGGUCUUUGUGUUGAUGCAGGAGGGUAG